GUGGGGUCCCCAAAGCUGCUGGAGCAUCCAUGAGCAGGACAGGGUAGCAAAGGCAGCGGGAUGAGCUGGAGGGACACGCUCAGGUGGGAAUGGCCGGUGCCUGGGGCAGGUGUGGUGGCAGCCAGGGGACCUGCACUGAGAGGUGCCACAGCAGAGGAGAAAUCCCAGGAGAGCCCACGAGGCUGGAACACAGAGGAUCCGAGAUGAGAUCCCACCUGGGAACUGAGAGUUUCCGUAGCCCCUUGCCCUGCCACUCCUGGCUGCCCAACGCCUCCUGCUCCCGCCGCUGAUGAGGGUGUAAAGGCCAAGCUGACCUGGAGGAGGGACUCUCAAGCAGCUGCUAAGAUGGGCAUGAGGAUCAAGCUGCACAGCACCAACCACCCCAACAACCUGCUGAAGGAGCUCAACAAGUGCCGGCUCUCCGAGACCAUGUGCGACGUCACCAUCCUGGUGGGCUCCCGCUCCUUCGCCGCGCACAAGGCCGUGCUGGCCUGCGCCGCCGGAUACUUCCAGAACCUCUUCCUGAACACGGGGCUGGACGCUGCCAGGACCUACGUGGUGGACUUCAUCACGCCGGCCAACUUUGAGAAGAUCCUGAGCUUCGUGUACACCUCAGAGCUCUUCACAGACCUCAUCAACGUGGGCGUCAUCUACGAGGUGGCAGAGCGGCUGGGCAUGGAGGACCUGCUGCAGGCCUGCCACUCCACCUUCCCCGACCUGGAGAGCUCGGCCAUCACCAAGCAGCCCUCCCUGUCCGUGGGGGAAGGCCGGGCAGGGCCGCUGAGCAGCACCUCCUCGGAGCAGAGCCACUCCUUGGGUGACAUCCGGAGCAGCACCGAGCACUUCGGCCCCGAGCGGAAUUACAUCCUGCACGGGGACGUGUCGGGCGGCUACAAGGAGGACGACAGGAACCCCGUGGGUGAAGCCAGCCAGGCUCUUCCCCUGAUGCAUCCACAGCAACCUCCCAAGACGGAACAGGGGCCGGAUCCGGGGCAGUUCGCUCCGGCCGCGGGUCUGGGGGCCCAGCCCGGCGGGAAUGUCGCGGCACAGACCACCGGCAGCUCCUGCUCCCAGUACAAGGCCCAGAGCAACGGCGACUACGGAAAGGGCGGCUUCUUCCCCACCGAUCCAUCCCUGGAUGUCUCCAUGGGGAGCAACUCCUGCCCCAGCAACAGUGACCACUCCAAAGAGCAGGGAUUCGAGCAGAUGGAUGAGCUGCAGCUGGAGGAUCUGGGAGAGGCCGAGCUGCAUUUUGAGGAUGCUGGAGAAGAGCUGGGCCCGUCCGAGGAGGUGAUUGAGCUGAGCGACGACAGCGAGGAGGAACUGGCCUUCGAGAGCGACGGCCGGGACAGCAAGGCCAUGCCCUGCCAGGUGUGCAAGAAGGUGCUGGAGCCCAACAUCCAGCUGAUCCGCCAGCACGCCAGGGACCACGUGGACCUGCUCACCGGGAACUGCAAGGUGUGCGAGACCCACUUCCAGGACCGCAACUCCAGGGUCACUCACGUCCUGUCCCACAUCGGCAUCUUCCUCUUCUCCUGCGACAUGUGCGAGACCAAGUUCUUCACCCAGUGGCAGCUGACGCUGCACCGGCGGGACGGGGUCUUCGACAACAACAUCGUCGUCCACCCCAGCGACCCCCUGCCCGGGAAGGUGGCCGUGUUUGGGGGCGGGGGGAGCCCCGAGCUGGCCUGCGCCGCCUGCGGGAAGCCCUUGGCCAAAGAUUUCCACACCGUCCGGAACCACCUCCUGGAGCACGUGAACCUGAAGAGCCAGACGUGCGGCGUGUGCGACCAGAGGCACCUGAGCCUCUGCAGCCUGAUGUGGCACGCCCUGUCCCACCUGGGCAUCUCCGUCUUCUCCUGCUCCGUGUGCGCCAACAGCUUCGUGGACCGGCAGCUGCUGGAGAAGCACCUGGCCGUGCACCAGCACGUGGAGGAGGCCCUUUUCCAGUGCCACUUCUGCAGCCAGAGCUUCAAGCUGGAGGCGGCCUAUCGGUACCACGUCAGCCAGCACAAGUGCGGCGGGAGCCUGGACAUCCGGGCGGGGUUCGGGGAGCGGCUCCAGCCGCAGGGGCUGCCCAAGAGGAAGCUGCCCGAGGAGUUCCUGAGCGAGGAGCUGGCGCUGCAGAGCCAGCCGGGCAACAGCAAGUACAGCUGCAAGGUGUGCGGGAAGAGGUUCGCCCACACCAGCGAGUUCAACUACCACCGGCGCAUCCACACCGGCGAGAAGCCCUACCAGUGCAAGGUGUGCCACAAGUUCUUCCGCGGGCGCUCCACCAUCAAGUGCCACCUGCGGACGCACUCGGGGGCCCUCAUGUACCGCUGCACCGUGUGCGGGCACUACAGCUCCACGCUCAACCUCAUGAGCAAGCACAUAGGGGUGCACAAGGGCAGCCUGCCCCCGGACUUCACCAUCGAACAGACUUUCAUGUACAUCAUCCAUUCCAAAGAGGCCGAGAAGAACACGGACAGCUGAUGGGGGCGAGGCAGGAGGAGCGAGCGUUUUCGUUGCGGAAGCUGUGGAAAAGAAAAAAGGUGUCGUUUCUUUUAUUUAAUGGUCAGGCAUCAUGGAUGGAAUUCUCCUUUUCGGGGUUUUUGUUUGUUUGUUUGUUUGUUUGUUUUAAUUUUUAUUUUUUGUGCCUAUUUAGGGCUUUUUUUUUUAGAUUGGUGGCGUUGUACAAAUUAACAGCACGUGAGGUACAUCACUGUUUCAAGGAGUCUGUCGUGUUUACUUACCUCUGGUCCUGUUAGAGGCCAUCGAGUUCUGUGUUUUUAGUAUUCCUCACUAGUUUUUGAGUCUAGAGUCUAUUUUUUUGAGCCUUCUAGCCCACUCAACCAGGCUAACCCUGAGCUUGUCCACAAACUGAUGCUGCUAAGAUUUUCACACCUGACCUCAGUGGAGAGGGACAGAGCCAGAGCAGGUGCUGGACUCGAAGGAAAGGAACAAAAAGGAAAGAAAAAAGGAAAAAAAAAAAAAAAGACAUUCUGGGCAUCCCUGGGGUUCUGCUGCUACUGCCAGAAGAUGGGCCAAGUGUGCCCUGGGAUUGGCCAUCGCUGGGUCACCAGGGAGAGGAGCAGGAAACGUGUGAGUGUGCAAAUGAGGAGGGGGAUUCCCACAUUCCCAGGCCGUGGUUUCUGGCUGUGACACACUCGCUCGUGCCCUGAGGAGGAGAUGGAGCGACACAACCUCCCUGCAGAGCCCGAGCAGAGGCGGCUGCAGCAGGCACAGGGAUCUCCUGGAGGAGCCUCUGGGGUGGAGAGGGAGAGGAAGCAGGUCCGUGUUCCUGGGAGGUGAUUGGUGGUGGCCAUGGAGAGCUGCUGAAAUCCCCCGGCCCGGGGCUGCCGGACGCCCGGCGGAUGGGACGCGAUGAAGCCGUUGCCUUAACUCCCUGGAAGGUACCUUUGAGGGCCCUUCUCCUGCUGAAGGGAUCCUCCCUGCCACGAAGGGAUCCUCCCUGCCACGCCGUGGAUCACCCCAUCCUGGAUCACCACAUCCUGGACGUGUCUGGUGGCAAAUGUGCGCCGUCGGAGCGAUGUGAGUUUGUUCACGGAGCCGGAGCCGCAGCAGUGGCGGCCACUGGGGACCUCAGCUUGGCCUCUCCGGCCACGUGCCGGGCACUCCUGGGCACAGGGGGCUCUCCUGGGCAUGGGGGGGCUCACCUGGGCAUGGGUGGGCUCACCUGGGCAUGGGGGGCUCUCCCAGCUGCUUGCCAGGGCACUCCUGGACACACAGGGCUCUCUGGAGUAUAGGGAAGCUCUCCUGGGCAUGGGGGGGGUGUCUCCCAGCCGUGUGCCAGCUGCUCCUCAACGUGGGGGGCUCUCCCAGGCACAGGGGUCUCUCCCAGACAUGUGUUGGGCGUCCCUUGGCAGGGGGGGCUCUCCCAGCCCCGCGUCGGGCGAUCCUGGGGGGUCAUUCCUGGCCCCACCAGCGAGCUCAGCCCGUGCUGACAGUGUUUACACCAGGAAGGGUGGGAAUUGGCUUUUUCCCAUGUUAUCCUGCUGCGGGGCAGAGGUGGGGAGGAACAGAUAAUUCCGAGCUCGGGCUGCCCUUCGGGAACUCAUUCUACCUCACAAACAGGAAGCGCUCGGGGCUCUCGGUGGUCACAGCUCGGCUCCUGCGCUUCUGUCAAGUUUUGCUGUUGCUAAACUAAACUAAACUAAACUAAACUAAACUAAACUAAACUAGUGAUUUGCAAACCCCGGAAACUCGCCCUGCUGCCCCUUCCCUGGUGAGGGACACCCGGGAAGGGACGUCCCGUGGCGGGGGCCGGAGAGCUCGGAGCGCCCGGGGGCCGCUCCCCCCGCCCCGCCGUGGCCUUGGGCAGGUCACUUCACCUCUUUGCCUCAGUUUCCUCAUCUGUAAAAUGAGGGUGGUACCUCCCGUGGUACCGACCUACCUCUGGGAGCGGGGGGUGCCUGGAGCCUGCGCUCGGAGGAGGGGAGGCCCCGAAGCGAAGGUCGGCCCUGGGCUGGCCUGGCUGCUGCAGCUCUGGGUUCCCAGCUCCAGCAUCGUGGUCCCGGCUCUGGGGUCGCUGCAGAGCCACGUUCAGCUGAGCGUGGUUAAGUUUUACAAAAAAAAAAAGGAUCGUUUUGGGAAAGCUUGGGGCUCUGGGAAUCAGGGGAGCUGGUGGUGCUUCGCUGGAGGCUCCUCUGAGCUGCUCUUUGGGUUCCAGGGUUUCUCUCAUGGAAUCACGGGAUGGAUGAGGCUGGACGGGACCACUGGAGGUCACCCAGUCCCAGCCCCUGCUCACACAGGGUCCCCUCGAGCGCAGAACUCCGGGCUGUGUCCGGCUGGGGAAAGGGACAGGGACAGGGAUGGACACAGCCUGCGCUGCUCUGGAGGUGGCAAUGAAGGAUGUGAGGGACAGACAAGGCUGGGAGAGCCUUGAGACCCUCCUGGAACGUUCCAGAAGCCGUGGUGAGCUUUGGGAAGGGCCAGGGCACAGCACCUGCAGCCCAGGAUCUCAAUAAGCUGUGAAGCAAAAGCCUUUUGUGCACAUUAACCAAAAAGAGAAGCUUUUACACUGAAACACUUAACGGGCACAACCGGCCCUCGCUCCCAGCCCUGGGGGGAAAGCAGGAGCCAGCUCUGAUCCCUGGAAUUUCUCUUUGCCUGUGAUGUAAUGGAUCAUUCCCACGUGGAACAUCCUGCAGCAGGGGACAAGGGGACAGGUCUGGACCCACCACUGCUCCUCCUCAGGGAGGUUUCUGGAGGGAUCAGAGACCUGAGGGCUCCCUCUGGGAGGGUCCUGGGCCUCCCUGAGCCUGCAGAGCUGUACAGGGAUGUCACCCCUUGAUUCCUGUCCCCUUGUCCAGCUGGGAGCUCCAGUUCCACGCUCAGCCCCAUGUUGGGAGUGCCGGGGCGGUCGCUCCGUGCCUGGUUCUGUUCCUGCUCCACCACUGUGGGCAAACCUGCUCCCUCCUGUCCCUGCUCCCCUCAGUGACUGCAGGGACACCCACCUACCUCCCCUGGGCCGGCCUGAGGUGUUUGCCAAGUGCUUUGGGGUCCUGGGGUAGUAGAGGGGGGUGCAGAGGGGAAAUACCAGGUCCUGGAGCCUCCCGGGGAGCUCUGACAGGGAAUCCCCCUCCUGGGGCCUGCUCCGAGCCCGUCCCCAACACAAAGUUCAUUUUCCCCAUUCCCAACAGAUCCAGGUCUCUCAUCAGAGUAAUGAAGCAGAAGAAAGAACCAGAGUUGAAAUUGCUGUCUAACCUUUUCGUUAAGUUAAUCGUAGGUACUGACCUCCUGCUAUUUAAGUGUUUACUAUCUAUUUGCUGUAAAGUUUUGUAUAUUUUGUAAACUUUCCCCCCAAAAUCGUAGAUGUCUAAAAUCGUUGUACAUCGGGUUCUUUUCUACUCCAUUGUUCAGCACAAAGUGUGGUUUUUAUUUAGAAUAAUAAAAAGGAAAACGUUGA